UGACGAUAUAUAACGUCAUUCGAGUGUUGAGGGUCCAGGGGGUGUCUACUGCGGGUUUGUAUCGGGAAAGUCAUUUCAAGCGACAUGUUUACAGUAAGAAAUGCAUUUCGCAGAUCGUCAAGGCUUUUUGAAAAUAAUAUUUUGAGAAAUGGCGAAGUGCACCAAGCCUGGAUCUCCACUGGGCCCCAGCAGCAGCAUGGGACAUUCUAUGAGUUCCGUACCUACAAUAUCCGUCCAGAGAAGAACGCUGCCUUCCUCAAGCUGACAGAUGAGAAGAUAGGCCUGCGCACGGCACACUCCGAGCUCCUUGGUUACUGGAGUGUAGAGUACGGUGGCUUGAACCAGGUCUUCCACAUCUGGAAGUAUGAAAGUUAUGCCCAACGGGCGGCCGUGCGAGCGUCCUUGGCUCGGGACCCCGUCUGGAUAGAGGAGUACAUCUCCAAGGCCAUGCCCAUGCUGACAUCUCAGGACAACGAGGUCAACUACCUGGUGCCCUGGUGCAAAGUGGAAAGGCCCCCCAAAGAAGGUGGAGUGUAUGAGUUGGCGUCUUUUCAGAUGCGCCCGGGGGGGCCGGCGAUUUGGGGGCAUGCUUUUCAGGCCGCAGUGAGUGUCCAUUCCGCCACGUGCUACGGCCACCUGGUAGGGGUCUUCCACAGUGAAUUUGGACAGCUGAAUAAAGUAAAUGCCCUGUGGUGGUAUGAGAGUCCGGACCAGCGGGCAGCGGCACGCCACACAGCGCACGGGGAUGCCAGGGUGGUGGCAGCCGUGAGGGAGAGUGUGAGCUACCUGAUGUCGCAGACCAACAAACUCCUGUUUCCCUGCCCCUACUCUCCUCUCAAGUGAUCUCCUGCUGAAAUGUGGGUUGACAGGCCUUAACUGUGUCAAUCCCAUAUAUGCCUUACUGUUUGUACACCUGUAAGAAGUGAUAAAACUUUAGCAUUUUUGGUCAUUGCUUCAAAUGGUGAUAAUGUCAUCUGAAUGUGAUAAAUUAUGGGUCAAUACUAUAUUAUGGAAAUUAACAUGACUGAUACGCGGUUUUUGUUGAAACUUGUUUUUACAUUGUGAAGAUCUUAUGAAAUGUCUCUUGAUCUGCUCAUAUGAUUACCUUCAGCACAUAUGAUUCAAACCACCUGAUUUAUGAUUUUUCUUUAUCAAUUCCUGUCCUCUGGCCCACAACAAGAGUUCCUGUCUGUCACAAACAGACAAGUGUGGAUUAAGAUGUCAACAGACAUGUUGAAACAAGAUAAAGAGAAUAGAAUUCACUUGCAAAGACGGGCGAUUUGUUCAGUUUUAUUGAGUAAAGAAAUAUUGUACAGGCCGAGUAACAGAUAUUCCCACAGUGUUUCUCAACACGUUAAGUGAACAAAGAUAUUGUUAUUAAAUAAAACAACAUUCUCUUGGUAGGAUUCUUUCUUUUUGAUCAAAAACAAAACAAACAAUUGCAUACAUAAUAGUAGUCUGUGGAAAUUCCAGUGCAAAUAAAAGAUUCCAAUCAACACCA